UAGAUUGUGCCAAAGAAAUCUCCCUCUCUCUCUUUGAUUAGUCAGCCGAGAAAUUGAUUUAUAUAGACGGCCAUUUGGCGCAUAAGAAGGCAGAGCAGAGUUAAAAAUGAAGAGGAAUCCCAUCUCUACAACACACCUCUUAAUCUUAUCCGUCUUUUGCAUCAUCGUCUCUGUAACAAUUGGCGUCGCGUAUGGCAGGGUACCGAAUCCCGCAAGCUUCAGAAUCCGAGCAGUGAACCUUGGAGGAUGGCUGGUCACGGAAGGCUGGAUCAAACCUUCUCUCUUCGACGGCAUACCCAACAAAGAUUUCUUGGACGGAACCGAACUUCAGCUGAGAUCAGUCACCGUCGGGAAGUACCUGUGCGCAGAGAACGGCGGCGGGACUAUCAUUGUCGCAAACAGAACAUCGGCAUCUGGGUGGGAGUCGUUCAGACUGUGGAGAAUCAACGAGACGAGUUUCAAUCUGAGGGUGUUCAACAAGCAAUUCAUGGGGCUCGGUGGUGGGGAUGGAAACAAGGUUGAGAUUGUGGGGAUCUCCGAGACGGCCGGAGAAUCCGAGACGUUUGAGAUCGUGAGGAGGGAGAGCGACCCAAGUCGGGUUCGGAUCAGAGCCGCUUCGAAUGGGCUGUUUCUGCAAGUGAGGAGCGAGGAAUUGGUGACGGCGGACAGUUCAGGGGCUGGGGAUUGGGGAGACGACGAUCCCUCGGUUUUCGCGAUGACGAUAUCUGGGAGAUUGCAAGGAGAGUUUCAGGUCACCAAUGGCUACGGUCCAAGUUUGGCGCCGCGAGUUAUGAGGGAACAUUGGAACACAUUCAUAGUGGAAGAGGAUUUUAAGUACAUAUCCGAGAAUGGGAUAAAUGCGGUGAGAAUACCAGUGGGUUGGUGGAUAGCCAGUGAUCCAAACCCGCCUCCACCCUUCGUAGGCGGCUCCUUGCAAGCCUUGGACAACGCCUUCUCUUGGGCACUAAAAUAUGGAUUGAAAGUCAUAGUUGACUUGCACGCGGCCCCUGGCUCACAAAAUGGGUUUGAACACAGCGCUUCAAGGGACGCUUCUCAGGAGUGGGGAUUAACCCAUGAAAAUAUAAGACAAACCAUUAAUGUGAUAGACUUUUUGACUGCAAGGUACGUAAAGAGCCCAAGCUUGUAUGCCAUCGAGCUAAUAAAUGAACCACUAUCUCCUGGAGUGUCUUUGUCUAGCUUGGAAGAAUAUUAUCAGGGAGGAUAUGACGCCGUUAGAGCCCACUCUCAAACGGUAUACGUAGUGUUGUCAAACCGAUUAGGGUCUGAAGCCAAACCCAGAGAGUUGUUUGCACUAGCCAGUGGAUUCAAAGGAGCCGUGAUCGAUGUUCAUUACUACAGUCUCUUCUCCAACAUCUUUGACAACAUGACCGUCCAGGAAAAUAUUGAUUUCAUUCACACAAACCGUUCGUCUGAAUUGAGUUACUUGACGACUUCCAACGGCCCUCUCAUUUUUGUUGGGGAGUGGGUGGCCGAGUGGAAAAUUUCAAAGGCAAGCAAGGAUGAUCUUUCAAGGUUUGGUGAGGCUCAAUUAGAGGUCUAUGGGCGUGCAACUUUUGGUUGGUCGUAUUGGGCACUGAAGAAUGUCAACAACCAUUGGAGUUUGGAGUGGAUGAUUGACAAUGGUUUCAUAAAACUUUAGAAACCAUUUUGUAUCAUUUAGUGUUUUUUCUCUAUUGCCAAGUAAAAAAAAUGCAAAAAUCGAGGAUAAAACACGAUCAUUGUAGUUUUGUUGUUUUUGCGGAAUUGGGCUUCACUAACACAGUCCAAUCCAAACAAAUGCAAAUAAGUGGCUUCAUAUGCAUUUUUAGAAUGUGUUUGAUGGGGGUUCGUAGUGAUUGAUUGGUUGAUUUUGAUAAACCCGUCCUCCAGUUCAAGUUUCGUGGCCCUCACUUAUCCAUAUACCCC